CCCGCGGCAGCUGCCGCCAUUUCGGGCACUGCUGUGAGGCUGAGACCGGAGCCGGUCCGCUGGGCGGCGGGCGCCGAGGCUGGAGGGGUGCGCGUGGCGGCGGCGGCCCAGCGUGUAGGCGCGGAGGCGGCUAUGGCGGGCAAUUUCGACUCGGAGGAGCGGAGUAGCUGGUACUGGGGGCGGUUGAGCCGGCAGGAGGCGGUGGCUCUGUUGCAGGGCCAGCGGCAUGGGGUGUUCCUGGUGCGGGACUCGAGCACCAGCCCCGGGGACUAUGUGCUCAGCGUCUCCGAGAACUCGCGCGUCUCCCACUACAUCAUCAACAGCAGCGGCCCGCGCCCUCCGGUGCCCCCGUCGCCCGCUCAGCCUCCGCCCGUGGUGAGCCCCUCCAGACUCCGAAUAGGAGAUCAAGAAUUUGAUUCAUUGCCUGCUUUACUGGAAUUCUACAAAAUACACUAUUUGGACACUACAACAUUGAUAGAGCCAGUUUCCAGAUCUAGGCAGGGUAGUGGAGUGAUUCUCAGGCAGGAGGAGGCAGAGUAUGUACGAGCCCUCUUUGACUUUAAUGGGAAUGAUGAAGAAGAUCUUCCCUUUAAGAAAGGAGACAUCCUGAGAAUCCGGGAUAAGCCUGAAGAGCAGUGGUGGAAUGCGGAGGACAGCGAAGGAAAGAGGGGGAUGAUUCCAGUCCCUUACGUGGAGAAGUAUAGACCUGCCUCCGCCUCAGUAUCGGCUCUGAUUGGAGGUAACCAGGAGGGUUCCCACCCACAGCCACUGGGUGGGCCGGAGCCCGGGCCCUAUGCCCAACCCAGCGUCAACACUCCGCUCCCUAACCUACAGAAUGGGCCCAUUUAUGCCAGGGUUAUCCAGAAGCGAGUCCCUAAUGCCUACGACAAGACAGCCUUGGCUUUGGAGGUCGGUGAGCUGGUAAAGGUUACGAAGAUUAAUGUGAGUGGUCAGUGGGAAGGGGAGUGUAAUGGCAAACGAGGUCACUUCCCAUUCACACAUGUCCGUCUGCUGGAUCAACAGAAUCCCGAUGAGGACUUCAGCUGAGUAUAGCUCAACAGUUUUGCUGACAUAUGGGAACAAUCUUUUUUUUUUUUUUUUUUCCUCCAGUUGCCAUCUAUACAGUUUUCUUACAGGUGUCAAAAACAGUCUAGUUUAUAUAAGCAUUCUGUUUCCUGUGAUCUUUUUUAGACUGAACUACUCCAUUCCUACUCUUAUUUACCAUAUUCAGGGUACGAAACUGGAGGGCUUGUGUGGUUAACUUCUGAAUUGGCAAUUUGAGGUAGUAGUAGCCGUGCCUGUAUCAGAAGGGAUAGGUAGCUUGCCUCCUUUCUCUCAGGCAGUGCACAUCAACCUGUGGAACGGUGAUGGACAGGAGAGGAAUGUUACACACUGCUUACCCUGAUGUGUCCAGUGAUUCUGUUUUCAUUCUGAAACCAUACUCUCAAAUGGCAGUAGACUGUUCCCUUCCACCCCUAUGAAGUAAUCAUGCACCAUGUGAAUAGUACCCAGUGGAUUGCGUUUUCAUUUAUGGAACAUGACCAUUGUACGACUCAUUCUGACAUUUCAAAUCCUGAGAAUUCUGAGAACACUACUAGAGGCAUUUGUCUUUCUUCCCAGUCAGUGCUUCAUACUUUUUUCUUGGGAUUCUUUCAACUCUUGUCAUUCUCUUCCCCAGACUUACAAGUAGGCUAAUUCUUAAGAUAGUGUGUAUUUUCAUUUCAGAUGAAAAGCAGGAUGUGCAGAGCACUUUAUUCAGUGCAUAGCUUUAAGCCAGUUUUGGAUUCACUCAGUGGACAGACUCCCAGCUCUCUGCUUUCCCCAAGGGGUCAUAGUAGGUUCACACUGCUACAGCAGCUAAAAAGAAUCCUUGCUGAUGGGAUCCAGCAGGGCCAUUUCUCCUGAAUGCCAGUAUCCUAAUAAGAGACUCAGAAUUCUCACAUUCUACUUGGAGUGGAAGGACCAAUCCCUUGUAAUAUUCCACAGAAGGUUUCAGGGCCAAAUUCUGCCCUCUGCAUUAUGUGCAACUUAUAUAAAAGGCAAGUUAGAAUUAUAUGAGUUCAGGGUAGGGUUAGUGCUUUGAAAAUGUGUGAACCAAUCAUGAAUUACUUACAUAUUUGUUUUACAUGGCCAGAAUAGUGUUUGAAAUACAUUAUAAACUGCCUUCAUUUUUGGUUCUUUUUAUGUGCAGGUUUAGUUUACAAACCCAUUUAAGUAUAGAAUGGUUUAUGUGAGGUCCAGUGUUCCAAAGAAUAGACUUACGAGACCAAAAAUAAUCUAGGCUCUUUUUAGAUUACAACAUGAAACUUUCAAAGAUAGUACUCAGUCAGUAAAGGCACUUACUGGUCUCUGGUGUGGUAUGACCAACAGAAACACUUUGCUUUGGACCUCAUUUUAGAAAAAUGUACCUUUUUAGUUGUCCUGCAUAGAUUGAUGAUUGAACAUAUGCCCAGUCAUUGUAUGGCAGUGACUAAGCACAUCGCCCAGCACACCACCAGUGUGCAGGUGUUGGUGUGAGUGAGUGAGGGGUGCGGAAGCUUGUUACAUGGCCCAGGAAGCCGACUGGCACAGGUCACAUACAUUACCACAGGCAAACUCAUGAGUUGACGCUAAUUUAAUAUAUUUUUACCUCACACUAAGGUAAUGCUUGAUACAGACAUUAAUACUCAACUUUUAAAAUGUUAGCACAGUGCUAUGCCAUGGUGGGUGCUCAAAAAUGUUGAAUGAACAGAUUUGCAAUACUCCACAUAAUUCCAUCCAACUACUUUGUUACAUUUUCAGUUAGCAUAGAUACUGUAAAAUCCAAAUACACAUUGGAAUUUGUUUUCCUGGAAGUAUGACAUCUAAAAUUGUAAGAGAUCAUUGUCAUACCUGAUUUGAAUGUUUGUAUUUUCUUUUGAGUUUGACUUUGAUAUUGGCUUAUAAUGUCUCUUCAUCCUAUGUAAUACUAAUGUAAUGUGCAGCUCUACUCAGAUGGUAAGAUUUCUCAGUCACCAGUUGUUCGAAGCCAUUACAUGAACUGUUGGGUUGGAUUUGGCUGGGGGAGCAGUUAUUGGACAUCAGUAAAUUGAAGGACUUCUUAUAAGUAUUUUCCCCCAAAAAAGCAAAUGCUAGAGUCCUGUUCAAGUGCAUAUUUACAUUGUCACAGAGCAAAGUAAACUGAAAUUGGCUGCUAUAUUUUAUAUAAUCGUUUCUGCAAAAGCCCAUUUUUUUUUAAUACUAAUGUUUGACAUGGUUAAUUCUUAUUAAUUUGUUGGAAUUGUUUAUUGUUAAUAAUGCAAAUAGAUAAUUUUUAAUUAUCCACAGGUAACAUUUCACUAUUAAUGGUUUGAAAUGGGUGAUAAGCAAACCAGUUUGAAAUAAAAUACGAACAUGUGCCAUUGUAUUAUAACACUAUCCACUUUCUUGACAGUUUAAAAAACGGUUUGUUUUGUAGCAUGUAUUGUAUAUGUUUAUAGUAUAUGUAGUAAAUAAAAAUAUG